GUUUAUCACCACACUUAUCCCCAAAGCCAUCUCUCCCUUAUCUCUCGAGGAAGUUAACCCCUAGAAUUAGAAAAAGGGAGAGAGAGCAGAGCCAGGGCAAGGUAUAGUAAUGUCUGCGUGGCCAAGUUUUCCUUCGGCAGUUUGUCCGGCAUUGCCAGAGGCAGCCUCAAAAAGGGCCGGACCCGACCGCAGGGCCUUCUGUCUGGAGCCCGGCGCGCUGAUUGGCUGGCCAGCCGCGGGGGAAGAACCCGGAUGUGGCUGGGAGGUAGCGUUGGCAGUCCGGGUGUCUGAAGUUUGCGGUGUUCUGGGGUACCGGCAGGUCGGGGAGAUGGCGCAGGCUUGGGCCGGCUUUUCUGAGGAGGAGCUGAGAAGACUAAAGCCGACUAAAGAUCCGUUUGAACCACAGCGGCGUCGCCCCGUGAACAAAAGUCGACAACAACUUCUGCGAGAAAAAGCCCUUCAAGAACAAAGCCAAAACCUUGGACUUCAAGAUGGAUCAACCUCAUUACCUCCAGAACAGCUGCUUUCCACACCAAAACAGAGAUUUAAUACUCAAAAACCACAUUCUUGUCUUCCUGCUCCUCCUGUCACACUCACCUCUCCUAUUGGUGAUGAAAAACAACCGGGUACUGAAAGUCAGCCAAAGGAACUGGGAUUUGAGACUUCCCAUGAUGUGAACCUCAACAAAAAAGUGGAGGUUCUACCUCCAAAGCCAGAUUGCAAAUUGGAGAGAAAGAAAAUGGAAUUGCAAGAAAAAUCUCGUUGGGAAGUCCUCCAACAAGAACAACGGCUAAUGGAAGAGAAAAAUAAACGUAAGAAAGCUAUUUUGGCCAAAGCUAUUGCAGAAAGAUCUAAAAGAACUCAAGCAGAAACCAUGAAAUUAAAGCGGAUCCAGAAGGAGUUACAGGCUUUAGAUGACAUGGUGUCCACUGACAUUGGAAUCCUCAGGAACCGGAUUGAUCAGGCCAGCCUAGACUAUUCAUAUGCCCGGAAGCGGUUUGACAAGGCUGAAGCAGAGUAUGUUACAGCAAAGCUAGAUCUACAGCGCAAGACUGAAACUAAAGAGCAACUCACUGAGCACCUUUGUACGAUCAUACAGCAAAAUGAGCUCCGGAAGGCCAAGAAGUUGGAGGAGUUGAUGCAACAGCUGGAUGUACAGGCUGAUGAGGAGACUUUGGAACUUGAGGUGGAGGUGGAAGGAUUGCUGCAGGAACAAGAAACAGAAGCAGGAAAACAAAUGGCUCAUUUAGAGAAGUCAUGUCAUCCUUCUGGGGACAGGGUGACAUUAGGAUUUUCUAGAGAGAACAAAAAGCAUCAAGAACAAACUGCUUCCCCAGAGAUAGAUGAACAGUGUGAAAAUUCCAAUAGCAGUUCCCUUCAUAGUCAAAACUGCCAAAAUCAAGACAUUAAAACUACUGUAGGUGACAUAUCAGCCGCUCUGCCCACAUGAAGUACCAGUGUUUGUUCUUUUCAAAUAAUAUGGUACAUGGUAAAGUAUACUUUCUGCUGUAGAUUAUGCCCUGGCCUCUGAUAGAAAUCUCUUCAAAACAGUGUUAAUUUUUGAAUCUGUGGUUGGUUUUAGUAUUUUAACAUGUUUGAUCAUUCCAAAGUCUCAAAUUAUGGUAAUUUUGUAUCAAUAGGUAUAUUUUACCUUGAUUUUGGUCCAGUACCUUCAGCAUAUCCUUAUUAAUGGGAUAAAAGUAACUUAAAAGAAUGGAAGAAAAACUGCAUGGUUAGAGGGUUUUUAGACCUGGUCUGUACAGAAAAGUAAAACGAAAAUGAUACUCAGUAUCUAACUGAAUUAUAUAACUUCUCCUGAGAGAAGUGUUGAGAGUGGGAACACUAUUCUGUGUAAUUAGUAAAAAGACACAAACUUUACCAUUUGCAAAAGAGAGAGAGGUGGAGGCAGAAACAGCUAACAGAAGUACCAAGUUGAAGUAUCUGUCUGGACUCUACUAGAUUUGUAAAACAGAACUUAGAAGUUGCAGUUUAUGUAAAGAACCAGACAACUUAAGCCACCAUAACCCUUGUCUUAAAUAUGCCUUUUAAAUGGUUUUAGUUUACAACUUGAAUUUUGGUUAAUUUAUAUAUGCAGACACACCCAUCCACUUCUCCCCAAACAAGCGCGCAUACACACUGCCAAAAACCAGACUGUUGAGUUGAAUCCCGCUCAUGACAACCCCGUGUGUUUCAUUGUAGAACUACACUCUAUAGGGUUUUCAGUGGCUGUGAUUUUCAGGAUUAGAUCAAAUAGAUCUUCAGGUUUUUCUUUUGAGGUGCCUCUGGGUGAAUUAGAACUGCCAACCUUUCAGUAGGCACAUGCAUAACCAUUUGCCCCACCCAGGGACCCCUACAGACACUGCACAUGUGUAUGUAAUUUUACCAUUAAUAUAUUUUCUUUGAUCAAGGUACUGAUUAGCUAAACUAAUCCGAAAUUGAUUAUUAAAUAAAAUUGCUACUUUUGAUAUUAAAAAAAAUUGAUACAUUUUCUUUCUAAAGUUAUCUGUCAGUGUGUUUUAUAUGUUAGACAUAAAAUUAUCCUGUCAUGAAGCAUUUAAAUUGUUAAAAUGUUCAUUUUCUUAUUAAUAACCUAUUAUUAAUAGUUGAUCACUACAUGUAAAUAUGUAAAUAAAUUAUAGUUUUGUCACAAAAAUCUAUAUAUUACUUUAAGUUGUGAUCUAUUUAUCAGAAAUUGCAACAAGUAUAAAAAUUGUGUUUUAAGUCUUUAAAAAGCACUAUUUUAAAAGGAUAAGGACAAGUGCAAUAUUAUCCAUAAUAGCUUCUGGAAAAGUUAUUAUACUAUCUUCUAAUAUUCUGUAUGAACUUUGUGUUUUUAUAUUACAUAAUUUUAGUUGAGAUACAGCUAUCUAUUACUGACUUCUCUAAACAGAAGCAUUUAUGUAAAUAGUUACAUUUUUAUUUAUGAAUGGGAUAAAAAUUGAAAGCUUCAUCCAAAACACUGAUUUUCCUAACGAAUAAAUGAGUCUCGUGUAUUUAUAAUUUUUUUUGUUUACCUUAAAAUUUUUUCAAACAGUAUGUAGCAGUAGUGUCUCUUGGAUCUCCAUGUGGUAGAUACAGUUAUCUACUCUUGUAUGAGCCCUGAUUAAGGAAAACUCAUCGAUAAAUGAGAUGCUAUAAUAUUGCUAAAUACAAAAAGGAGUACAAGCUAAUUCUCAGUCUAAGCACUUGUCUCAAGCUCUAUGGAGAAAUGAGAGCUAUGAAAUGAGUGCAUUGGAUGGGACUUCAGCAGACGUCUGAUUUAAUCAUUUUAUUUUACAGAUGAGGAAUCAAGGACCAGGGAUUUUACUAGUGGCUUGUUGGCCAACUGGCUUAUUUUAAACUUCAAGUGCUAGAAAAAUUGCAGUUCUGUGCUCUUAAUGUAUCUCUUAUUAUCUUAGGCUAUGAAGUUCACUGCAUUCCUCCACUUGAAAAUUUUGCGUUAUAACCAAUUCAGGUAUUUUUUUGUGUGAAAUGCUUUCAAAUAUGGCUAUAAAAGGUUCACUGAAACCACUAUUUUGAAAAACUUUAUCUUGCUUGGUUUUCCCAGGGUGGUAUCUGAGUGCUCAGGUGAUGAUAUAAGUGACAAAAUUAUAUUGCAUCAAUUUUAUACACAGGCAGCUGUAUCCCAUGUGUGGGAGGAACGAGCAGAUGAAUGAGAAAUGGGGCUCAUUGGUAUGAGGACCAUAUGCACUGGCUUUUCCAGGAUAGCCUUGAUAUCAUAUAUAUUUUUUAAAUAAUAAAAUACAUUUGAAAGGCUUUUGAUAUAUGAAUUCAUAAAUCCACAAAAAUUGUUAGUUUCUUUGACUAAGUUAUUGGCUCAAAAUUACCACCACAAGUUUAUUGGGGAACUUUUUACAGCUGACUCCAAACUCUUGCUCCUUCUCACGCAGUUACGGCAUAAGGUUAUCAAGGCUCUUAAUGAUAUGUAAUUUGGGAGUUAACUACCUUGUGGUAUCUCACUGGUUCAACUUAAAAAAGAUAUUUUGUACCAAGUUGCAGUAAUUUCACUUAUAAAAGUAUACUUCUCUCUUAGCUAAACUUUAAUUCCUGGAUUUAAGGCUCCUUAACACCUAGAUUCCCUACUUCUUUCUUUAAAUUAGGGCUAUUUUUAUAGAUUUUUUUUAAAGCACAGUUCUCAUUGCAUUUAAAAUAAAAAUUUUUCUCAAGGUACUUUUACCUCCACAUAGUUGUGCCGAAUUACAGCACUUGCAGGUGGUAAAUCUCUACUCAUUGAGAGCACAGCUGGUAGAGACUUUAGUUCCCAAGUCAGAUGAUAAAAAUCUCUGAUUGGAAUUCUUAGCACAUAUUCAUUGCUGGACUGGCAUUUGAGUUAUAGAGUAAGAACUCAGCUAUAAACCUAUCUCGUUCUUUGUUUGGAUUUAGCAACGUAGUAUUCUCAAGGAACUUAACUAUCUAAGCAUUCAGUGACUUCCUCUUCUAUGGCAUUGGCACAAAACGAACUCAAGUUAUUCUGACCCAGGCUAUUCCCAGUGACCUUUAUAAAUUAUGUUUGGGGUUUUAUACUUCUAAGGAGCUGGGUCAGCAUUUUAAAAGGUCGUGAUAGAUAUAACUCAGUCUGCCAGACAAGACCUGGGGCCACUCUGGACCAGGGUAAUUAUACUGCCUCAACAUAGACCUAUCCCAGGCCUGACUUGAAUACGCUGGAGGGAUGACGUGGGACACUAUGCUCCAGUCUGCCUUUGCCUGAAUGUCAGGCUACUGCCAAGCUCCUAAUUCCAAACAGCUGUCAUGAAAAACACAGUAUCAGCUAUUUAUGCAAUUGAUCAAACUGUAUGUAGCUACCUAUAUGGACAGAGAUAUAUGAGGUAUCUGAUGUGUGCCUUUUGUCCUAAGAAGCUUAUUGUCUAGGGACUAAGAUUUACACUUAUCAAAGGCUGAUAUAGAACAGAAUGUGUUGUUAAUGGGAGGCCAAAUAAGUGGUUACAACAAUGAACAUGGAUGCAUCCUCCAGAAGUUCCAAAUUUUUAGAACAUUCCUAAUUUUAAAUAUUCUAUCCAGUUGCUCUACAAUACAUCAACUGUGUUUAGGACCUGCUGUAUCUUUCAGUUUGCUUUUAGCACUGGGGAGCAACACACACAUGACUAAAAGGAAAACACACAAAAAACAAAACCUCUCAGACAAUAUGUUAGAGAAGUACCAGAGCCAGAGGGAAUUGGAAAGAGAGAGGUUUUUGCAUGUUGAUUUAAAAUAAGGGGCCCACUGGGAUUUAUCAGUGGGCAAAACCCCAUCAAGCAUUAGAAAAAUUUAAGCACAUGCCUUUAUGAGAAAGGGUUGAUAGUGUCUUCUUAUGUAAAGAAUAGCAUAAAUGUAAGAGCUUGUUAAAAUUAUUGAAGGUGGUGGUGAACCACGGGCCAGUAAUUAUCCAAGCCCAGAA